GGAAACCCCUUCCUUUAAAGUUCAAUGUUUUGAAAUAUGGGUGUCUUCUUUUGUUGAUAAUUUAAAAGUGAUAUUGACAAGAAAUUAACAACGUAUUGUGUGUUAUAGACUAGAAUUAACAAUUUAACUGAGACGUAGAUGGAAUACAAUAUAUCUUAAGAUUACAGUGGACCUAAAGAGAAAUUAUCUGGACUUUUACUGUUGAGUGAUAGUAACCAUGACACUGGAACGAAAUGUUCAGCCUGAGUAUUCUACCGAUAUUAUGACAUCACGAAACACGCCUGAAAAUCCCACCGGUCAAGAUGAACCAAUCAACAGUAAGAAUGCGCCCACCACACUUAAUGUGCUCACAAACAGUGAUGAUUUUGAAUUUGGCAAUAGUAUGCUAUAUUUGGAACAUGACAUAGAUCAGCUCAGUUUAACAGAAAAGUCCUCUGACUCAUCGCCAUCACCCACCGUACCUCACUCAGCUCCCGCCUCAACCACAACCCACCAAGACGAAGUUACCUACCGAGACGGUGUUACAGAAAGAGGAUUCUUUGAGGGUCUUCUUGGAUGUUUACGUCCUGUUUGGACAAUCAUAGGAAAGGCAGCAGUUAAUGAACUUAAAAAUGAAGAUGACUGGGAGAUACCAUUUGAAAAUAUUACAGAUUUACAAUGGUUAGGAAGUGGAGCCCAGGGUGCAGUCUUCCUAGGCAAACUUAACGGAGAAGAAGUUGCUGUUAAAAAAGUCAGGGACGUCCAUGAAACGGACAUUAAAAAUCUUAGAAAACUUAAUCAUCCAAAUAUCAUUUCAUUUAGGGGUGUAUGUACCCAAGCACCAUGUUACUGUAUCAUCAUGGAAUAUUGUCCAUAUGGACAACUUUACGAAAUACUCAAAGACGGAAAAGAAAUUCCCCCUGCUUUAAUAUUGGACUGGUCCAAACAGAUCGCCAGUGGGAUGAAUUAUCUUCAUAGUCAUAAAAUUAUACACAGAGAUCUCAAAUCACCAAAUGUCUUGGUUGCCAAGAAUGAUAUUGUUAAGAUAUCAGAUUUCGGGACCAGCCGGACAUGGAAUGAAAAAAGUACCAAAAUGUCAUUUGCUGGAACAGUGGCAUGGAUGGCUCCAGAGGUCAUCCGAAAUGAACCAUGUUCAGAGAAAGUUGACAUAUGGUCAUUUGGUGUUGUCUUAUGGGAGUUAUUAUCAGGAGAAAUCCCAUAUAAAGAUGUAGAUUCCUCAGCAAUAAUAUGGGGAGUUGGAAGUAACAGCCUUCAUUUACCUGUGCCAUCGUCCUGCCCCGAGGGCUUCAAACUGCUGAUGAGACAAUGUUGGUCUCCCAAGGCAAGAAAUAGACCAUCAUUCAGACAGAUUUUAAUGCACCUAGAAAUUGCCUCCCCAGAGUUACUCAACUUUAAACAUCAAGAUUUCAUUGAGGCACAGAUUAUAUGGAAAGAAGAAAUUAAGGAACAGUUACAGUUAAUCAGAUGUGAAGGAACACACAUGCCCCACCUAGAGGAGGAGCUAGUCAAGAGAAGGAGGGAGGAGCUAAGACAUGCACAAGAUGUGAGAGAUCAUUAUGAAAGAAAGUUGGAGAGAGCCAAUAAUUUAUACAUGGAACUUACUGCCUGUAUGUUACAGUUAGAAAAAAGAGAAAGGGAGCUAAUCAAGAGAGAACAACAGCUUGCUAUGUAUGCAAAGAAAAGGAAAAGUAUUGUUAGACCAGUAAUCAGAGCUCAAGAGAGGUUAGAAAGAUUGAGUAAAAAGAGAUCGUACAAGUCAGGCUCUGAACCUACAAGUCCAGAGAAUAUAAAUAUGGAUAGCAGUUUAACAACAAGUUCAGAACUUGUGCUGCCAUCUCCAACUAAACUAAGAAUGAGAAAAAGCCGCCAUCGAAGAGGUAGUAAAGGAUCCUUGAGCAGUAUCUUUUCAAGUCCUGCAAAAAGUCCAACAAAAGAUGCCCUUCAUGAGGAAUUACAUGCUAAGCAAAUGCAGUUACAACGUGAUCCAAGAACUGUAGCCCCUGGAGUUUUUAAAUAUCUGGGGCCAGGUACGGCAGUGAGGGAAUACCAUUCAAUGGACCAGCAUGUUUUUUGUCAUGAAGGUCAUGACUUUGGUUGUCUUGACGAUGACUAUCAAAAUUGUGACGAGGAUUUAAAAGAUAAAAAUUUAAACGAUGUGUGUUUUGGAUGUGAGGGAGUUUGUAGUGACAAUACUUGUAGCAGUAAAAGGUCUAGUAGAAUAAGUGUUGAUGAUAGUCCGACUGCUGACACAGCGGCCUCAUCAAGUCCAAGUCCAGUCGUAGAGUCAAAAAGUUUAAUUGGAAUUGAAAACCAAAACAUUGAAAAUGUGAAUGAAUCAAAACCAUCGUUACGGGAAAAAGAUUCAAAUGAGAAUUUAAACUGUUCCUUUGACACGGAAACUACUACAGAAAAUUUAACGACCACAACAAAUGAUGUGAAUACUGACGAUAAUACAAUUAUAAAUACUGCGUUGAAUCGUAGAUUAAGUGAUCCUCGUAGUUCUCCUUCUUUGAAUAUAAAUUCACAUAGGAUGGAUAGCACAGAUUCAGAGCCAGUAAAUGUACGAAUGAGAGAAAGGAAAACAUUUAGAUCUGUAAAGCAUUCUGAAGACUCGUGGUCUGAAGAAGAAGGGGAAGUAAGUGAGGAUGACCAUCAUAGGAACAGACAGUCUUAUUGUUCAACAUUGAGUUCGGAAGGUAUUCUAUCAGAGGAGGAAAAUACAAGUGAACAUUCGGAACAAUUAACUCCAGAUGGAUUACUAUCUACGAAUAGUUCAGAAAAUUUACAUUUAGAAUUAGCAAAUUGUGCUGUGAUUCAUGUGUCAGAUGGACUUUCUGAUAGAGAAUAUACUGUACGAAAAAUGAGGGAUCAAGUUUCUGUAUCUCCGGAACAUUUGUAUGAGAAUUCUGACUUGACCUCAGAUUCAGAUGAGUGUUCCGACAUUACAGUCUCAACCACGGUCCAUCGGCCAGCCAGACGAAUGGAAGCUGAAGGAUGGUGAUGUUACCAUGGUUACAGCUGUUAAUGUUAUUGUAACUGUUUUAUAGAAGUGCUAUAAAUACAUUUUUGUAGUUAUUUAUGGGCUUUAGAGGUCAAAUUAAGGUCAAGUUAUGAAAUGUGAGAGAAGGAUGAAAUUUGUUGUUGUUUUGGACAGUUUAUUAUGUCUUCCUUACACUCACAGCAAAAUAAUUUGAAAAUUACAUUCAAGGAAUGUCAGAAUGUUAUGCUGAAAAUUUAGGAUUUUUUUUUGUUGAAAAUUUUGAAGUUAAGGUUGUAAAAUUGUCUCAUCAUUCUGAUUUUAGCUGAGAACUGCUUGAAACUAUAUAAAUGUAUUUGUGUUUUAUUUGAUCAUUGUUUAAGAAAUUUAAAGAUUUGACAAGGUUGAUAUUGAUAGAAAUUUUUAUUAAGAGAGAUUAUUUAUUUUGGCUAA